AUGGCUGAGACUCCCGCACCACCAAUGGACUCCCCCGGCCGGUCUCGCAACCACAUUCCAGCAACCAAUGGCGAGCUACCCGCCUUACCACCCAACAAAGAAAUCCUUACCUCUGCCAUCCGCAUGACAAACAUCACCCGCUUCAUCCACCUCCUCUCCCACGCCAAAGCCCUAAUCACCCACCACGGCCCCUACACCACCCUCCCCGCCACAUCAGUCUUCACCCGCUCUCUCAAGCCACGCAGACCCGCUUAUCCCUCCUCCCCAUCCCUCAAAUCCCUCGCCCUCUCCCUAGCCGCAGCCCAAGACAGCACCUACAGCGCGCAGCCUCCCAGCCGCACAAAAUCCGACCUCGACUUCUUCACCCUCCUCUGGGACAGUUCCAUCGUCGUCCUCGAAGAGAUCCUAUCAAUAGGCGAUCUACCACAAGAGUCCUUCGGCUGGGGCAUCUUCGGUCUGGCAGCGGGGUAUAUGCAUCCUCCCUCCCCUCCCCAUGAUCUGAGUCAGCAGAACAUUUUCAUGCGGAACAAAGCAAGGUUGCACGCUGCGCUUUGCAUGAUGCCGAGUUUGGAGGGGCCAACCGGAAAUGGGUAUAGGAUGAGUGGGCGGACGACGACGGAGGCGUUGACGAGGGCGAGGAGGGAUAUACAUGUUCUAGGCCAUAUUCUGUUGGAUGAGUUUAGGAAAGGGGGGUGGAAGAGGGUGAGGUGGGGGAAUGCGGUUGCGGUUGCGGAGAGGUGGGUUGGCGCGUUUGGGUUGGGGGGUAGCGUGUUUGAAGAGUUUGGGAGGGUGGUGGGGGUUGGGGAGGAUGGAGAGAGGGGAGAGGGGAAGAAGGGGAAUGGGAAACGGGUUACUUUUGAGUUGACUUGA